GAGAUGCCAUACGUUGGUGGCUAUAAAAGCCUCCGCCUCUGAAGAUCACCCAAACAGUGUGGAUUAGACAAUUCCGACAACAUGUUCAAGCUUACAAUCUGCCUGCUCGCUGCCCUGCUCGUGGCCUAUGUCCACGCAGACCACAUCGACAAAGAUGCCACCAUCCUGAGUGAGAAGAACGAUCCCGCCGAUGCGGAGGGCAACUAUGCCAACUCCUUUGAGUCCAGCAAUGGCAUCCAAACCCAGGAGGCUGGCAAUGCCAAUGGAGCCACUGGCAGCUAUUCGUACACCUCUCCCGAAGGCGAGCGCAUCGAAGUGACUUAUGUGGCCGAUGAGAAUGGUUUCCAGCCCCGUGGUGCCCAUUUGCCGACUCCACCACCCAUUCCAGAGGCCAUCAUCCGUGCCCUGGAGUACAUUGCCGCCCAUCCACCAGCACAGGAAUAGAUAUAUGUUAGAUUGGAUACCCGUCGUUUACAGGCCUAGUCAGUGCUCUUGUGGCUAAAGAUGCGUUACAUCUAGUUUUAGCAACUUUGUACAUAAUUAAAUACAAGAAUUUUCCAUUACAAAACUCCACCACAAAAAAUAAACCAACAGCUAUGCUGAUCAUUUAAGCCGAA